UGUCAAGUCUACUUUCUUGUCUCUCUUUCUCACUCUGUGUUUUUUUUUUUAUAUUUCCGUUCUCUUAGUCUUAUCUGAGGAAAAAAAAAAGAAGAAACAAAAACAAAAGAAGAAGAUACCAUGCUUGGUUUAGCCUGGAGAUCAGUAGCAUUGGGCUUAAUUCUACUUGAGGUUUGGUUUUCUGUUCAAGUGGAGUGUUUUCCGGCUUUGUUUGAUCGGAUAUCUCGACUACCGGGUCAACCCAAAGUCGGGUUUCAACAGUAUGCGGGCUAUGUGACCGUUGAUAAGAGAAAGCAGAGAGCUUUGUUUUACUACUUUGCUGAAGCUGAAGUAGAUCCAGCAUCCAAACCUCUUGUCCUCUGGCUCAAUGGAGGACCUGGAUGCUCUUCACUGGGGGUUGGAGCCUUUUCUGAGAAUGGACCGUUUAGGCCUAGCGGGGAAGUGCUGGUCAAGAACGAAUAUAGCUGGAAUAGAGAGGCCAAUAUGGUGUAUUUGGAGGCCCCAGUUGGAGUUGGCUUCUCUUAUUCCGCUGACGACUCCUCUUAUGAGGCUGUUAAUGACAAGAUCACUGCUAGGGACAAUCUGGUAUUUUUGCAAAAUUGGUUCCUCAAAUUCCCCCAGUACAAGAAUAGAAGCCUCUUCAUUACAGGGGAAAGCUAUGCUGGCCAUUAUAUACCCCAGCUGGCUGAACUUAUGCAUCAGUUUAAUAAGAAGGAAAAGCUGUUCAACUUGAAAGGAAUCGCUCUUGGCAAUCCUGUUUUGGAAUUUGCUACUGAUUUUAAUUCGAGGGCUGAAUUCUUCUGGUCUCAUGGACUAAUAUCGGAUUCUACAUACAAACUCUUCACCACUUCUUGUAAUUACUCGAGAUAUGUCAGCGAGUAUUAUAGAGGGAACGUUUCUCCUAUUUGUUCAAGGGUGAUGGGCCAAGUAAGUACCGAAACUAGUAGAUUCGUCGACAAGUAUGAUGUGACCCUUGAUGUCUGUAUAUCAUCCGUGCUCUCACAAUCCGAAAUCCUUACUACCCAACAAGUUGGUGAUACGAUAGAUGUCUGUGUAGAAGAUGAAACAGUUAAUUAUCUAAAUAGGCAAGAUGUGCAGAAGGCUCUCCAUGCUCGUCUAGUAGGAGUCCAUAAAUGGGCUGUUUGCAGCAGUGUCCUAGACUAUGAACUGCUUGAUCUGGAGAUACCAACUAUCACUAUUGUGGGCAGACUCGUGAAGGCAGGAAUUCCAGUUAUGGUAUACAGUGGAGAUCAAGAUUCUGUUAUCCCAUUGACCGGAAGUCGAAAAUUAGUUAAUCAACUAGCGGAGGAAUUAGGUCUGAAAACAACUGUGCCAUACCGAGUUUGGUUUGAGGGGCAACAGGUUGGUGGGUGGACUCAAGCUUAUGGUAACAUCCUAUCGUUUGCCACAAUAAGAGGAGCAUCUCAUGAAGCCCCAUUCUCGCAGCCUGAGAGAUCACUGGUUCUAUUCAAGGCAUUUUUGGAAGGCAGGCCAUUACCAGAAGCAUUCUGAUCUCUGCUCAUCAGUUAAGUUGUUGUGUCGAGAAUACAGUUGGAGCUUGUAAGUAAGUUUGAUGCUUAAGUCUGAAGUUGAAAAUUGCAUUUGUUUGUUUGUUCCUUGGUUUGAUUAUCUUUCCAUGUAGAAACAUUUUUGUAAAGCUCUUGAAUCUCAAGGAAAGGAAAUAUAUAUUUCCAAAAAGAAAAAAAGCCUUUAACA